AGGUCAUAAAAUUCAAAAGCUGCCUUCUCGGAGCAUGUCUCUUAGAAAUUUCGAUCCCAGAAAGCACCUGGAAAGAUUACGAGAGAAGCGAUCCUCUACAAGCUCCAAUCCAGAUGACUUAGUGGACUGUCCUGAAGAAUUUAGUCAUGUACAAAUGAAGCGUCAUGGUGCACUCUACAGUAGCACAUUAUCUCUUCCACAGUCUGCUAUGAUUACUAGUUCCAUACAAGAAGCUGGAAGUCUAGACGAAUUGCCACAGGAGGAAGCUGAAGAAACAUCCGAUAGCUCAAAUUCAACAGAAAUUCAAGGAACUUCUCCACCUAAACCACCACUAAGAAAAAAUAAUACAUUUAAUGCCUUAGAAAUAAAGAUACCAAGUCAUGGUGAAUGGACUAACAGAAUUUUAGCGAAUGCUAAAGAAUCUCCUAUGGCAAGAUCUGAAACAAAUUUGAUGGAUGCCUUAAAAUCUGAUUCUCCUAUUAUACCAACGAGGAAGAGUAAAUUUGAGACCUUACGACACAAUCUGAGGAGGCAUACAUUACAGCUAGCAGAAUCAUCAGAUCUGUCAGGCUUGACAUUAUUGAACAAUCAAAAGAAAAUUCGUUCUGACAGUUUGAAGUCGGAAUCACCAAGGAACAAUCAGAGCCCAAUUCCUGAAGGCAUACCAAUUGAAGUAAUACAACAGUAUGAAAAGAUGAAUCAUAAGGAUUUAGUAUACCUAGCAAUAAAGCAGCAAGCCGACCUAGAGAGACAGAGAGAUAAAAUAUUAGAUCUCGAAAAUUACUUAGACAAUCUUUUGGUUCGUGUGAUGGAGACUACGCCUCGCAUUCUACAAAAGCCAUACAUUAGUCCUGCUUGUCAUAGAUGAAAAUGGUUUAAGUUUUAUGAUGUGUCCUCGAACUAUGGCUUCUUAAGUGUGUACAAGUUUACAAAAAUGUUUUUAAAGUUAGAGGAAGUAGUUCAUUGUAGGAAGGAAAGUACAUACUUCAACACAAGUGCAUUUAAAGCCUGUUUAUAUGCUUUUAAUUUUCUGUGAAAGUCUGUAUUUUUUUAAAAUUAUUAUUAUUGCAUUUUAAAUGUUGUUUCACUUGUUAUUUGCUUAGGAUUUUGUUUUAUUUUUGUAUAUAAAGUGGUCUCAUGUAUCAUUAGCUAUGUACUUCACUUUCUCAAAUUCAGUUAUUCAAGUGUAAAAUAAUUUUAUAGUUAUAGAAAUGUUAAUAUGAGAUACUGUUCUGAAGAAUUGUUUAUCAUCAAUCAAAAAAAAUUGUUUUGCUAUAAAUAGUUUAAAAAGUGUUAAGCAUUUUUAUUUAAAUAUCUACUCUUAUUCAAGAUACCUAAAACAAACAUGCUGUAAUUAAACGAUUCUAACAGAUAAUAAACUGUUAACUGCUGUUAUUUUCAAUUGAAUAAUAUUAAAUAUUUAAUUUUAAAAUGA